AUGACUAUUAGGAGCAGUAUGAAAAACAACGCAGAAUUGGAAAGCAAGAGUGUGUUAGCUAAUGAAUCGAAUAUAAUUAGCACAUUUACUAGAAGGAUAAUAAAGGAAAAAAGCGGUAACUAUCAGGUACUGAAAAGAUCCCUUGAUGGAAAACUAAUCUAUCCUGAGGCCACUGGCAUAUCCUCUAACAGAGGUAACAAACUUUUGCAGAGAAGCGAAGUAGUAACAAGAAGAGACUUGAACAAUUCUAAGCCAAUGAUUGAGCAAACUGUGUUCUAUAACGGUUCGGAGCAUCGCCUUCUGCAAACAAAUAUUGUCACUGAUAGUAGACGCAAAAGAAUAAAAUUCACACCUGACAUCAACGUCGAGCCUGUUUUAGUCGGUGAUGAAAACGACAUCGAUGGUAGUGAGAAGGAAGACGAAAAUAUCACUGAUGAGUAUUACGGCGAAGAAGACGAUGACGACCUAUCAAAACUAGUGAAUGUAAAGGAGAUUUUGACUCCCAUUCUUUCCCUAGGGGAUAUAAUAAAUCAUAAAACUAUCUCAAGGACAUUUUCAAGCCCAAUUUUGAAAAAUUUAGCCUUGCAAAUAAUUCUAAUGAUUGAAAAAGAACAGAUGUCAGUUGUUAGAUAUUCCCAGUUUUUGGAGGUUUUUUUAGGAGAUCAUCCUGAACCAAUUUAUGAAUCUAACUUGAACCUACCAUCUUAUAAUCACAAUUUGACCCUUCCAGAGGAUAGAGGGGCAAGCGACGAGGAUGACAUUAACAACAAAAACAAUAUCAACGAGGUUAACUCGAAUAGUUUGUCUACUGAAGCUGGUCAUAUCAAUAAUGGCAUGGAAGAAUUUGGAGAGGAAGAUCCUUUUUUUGCAUUGCCAAGGUUGGAACAAUCUAAUGCGCUGUUAUCGUUGCUGCCAUCUUCUUCCGGUUCUGCUUCUAUAUCAACAUUAACAGCGGCCGAACAACAACAGUUAAAUGAGGAAAUUGAGUCUGCCCGACAGCUGUCGCAGAUUGCACUACAGAGGAAUAAAGAAUUCAUAAGAAACUUACAAAAAAUCAGAAAGUCUGUAAUAAAAGCCAAUAGAAUAAGAGGUAGGAUUUUAAAUUGGAGUCGGGAAUAUUUGGGUAUAUCUGACGAUGAUAUUACUAUCCCGGUGGCUCUACGUGUUGUGAAGAGAGGUCUGAUCAGUGCUACAACAAAUAAGACAACAAAUUUUGAGGAAGAAAUUGAAAAUACCAUGGAAGACGGUGUUGUAGACGAUAAUGAACCUGAUGAAGAAGCUAAUAGAGCCUAA